AUGCUGCUGCAGCCCGCGCCGUGCGCCCCGAGCGCGGGCUACCCGCGGCCGCCGGCCGCCCCCAGCGCCAUGCACGGCUCGCAGAAGGACACCACGUUCACCAAGAUCUUCGUGGGCGGCCUGCCCUACCACACCACCGACGCCUCUCUCCGAAAGUACUUCGAGGGAUUCGGGGACAUCGAGGAGGCCGUGGUCAUCACCGACCGGCAGACGGGCAAGUCCCGCGGCUACGGCUUCGUGACCAUGGCCGACCGGUCUGCAGCUGACAGGGCUUGCAAAGACCCCAACCCCAUUAUCGACGGCCGCAAAGCCAAUGUGAACUUGGCCUACCUGGGUGCCAAACCUCGGAGCGUGCAGACGGGGUUUGCUGUCGGUGUGCAACAGCUCCACCCCACGUUGAUCCAGAGGACUUACGGGCUGACACCCCACUACAUCUACCCACCAGCCAUCGUCCAGCCCAGUGUGGUGAUCCCUGCUGCUCCGGUCCCGUCCCUCUCCUCUCCUUACCUUGAGUACACGCCAGCCAGCCCAGCCUACGCCCAGUACCCACCAGCCACCUAUGACCAGUAUCCAUACGCCGCCUCGCCUGCCACGGCCACCGGUUUUGUGAGCUACGGCUACCCAGCCACCAUGCCACCCGCCCUCCCGGCUGCAGCCCCUGCGGGCACCACCUUUGUACAGUACCAGGCGCCGCAGCUGCAGCCCGACAGGAUGCAGUGAGGCAGCAACCACCACCUCGGUAGCCACCAGCACGUGGUUGAGUCACCACAGGCCCAAGCCUGCCUUUCGUGGGAUGGCUCUCUUCCAGGCUGAGUCCUCGUGCUUUGAGGGAGGACUUCAGGAGCUCUUCAGCGCGCCUGGGCUCCUCAGCCCCUCCUGCCACUCACAACAGGUGCCUUGCUCCGGGGGCUGGGGCUGUGCGCCGCCCUCCCCUCCCCCUCCCCCUUGAUGACUCUCCUGGGUGACAACGGGUUUACAGUCACAGCCUGCAGUUUGUCUUGUUGGAGUUUUUCUAAGGAGAUUUCAAAUUUUAGUCUAUGUUUUUCAAGAACAGCUACCACCAAGAACCCCAAACCUGCUUUUGACCUAGAGUCUUGCUCUGGUUGAUGGCGACAGCCAUGGAGACAGUGACAGUGUUUCCCUGACAGUGUCUGCUGGCUGGCUGCCCAGAGCACAUCUCCCGGGGAGGGGCCCCAUGAGCAGACGUGAGCCCCCGCAGAGCCUGAUGAUGCCCACCAGCCUCAGAGGUGCCCCUCCAGGGCCAGUUCUCAGGUGUCUGUCGCUGUGCCGCCGUUCCAAGACCUCCCAGGCCCCACACCCUCCUAACCGCGGCAGCUCUGGCUGGCAGGGUCUGUGCCCGCAUUUCCUCCUGCUGCCUGUGUGCCAGUCUAGGACACAGCCUGGCUGCCUAUGGCUCUGCAGAGAAGGGGCUCUGGCAGGGGAGUGGCAGGUGCUUCUGGCAGAGCGGGCUGCCCGCUGGCUGGGCAGUGGGUCCCUUCACACCUACCUCAGGGAGCUAGUGUGCACGUGCUCCACGCCACACCUGCCAGUCAAGACCCGAGGACGGAGGGAACUAAUGUUAUAAUAAUAUUUUUAUUAGAAUGUUCUGAUUAUAAAAAUAAAACCUGUUUACUUUAAA